UCGGUUGGUUGGUGUGCAUGCACUCGGACAUAUAUAUAAAUUGUUAAAUUAGUUUUAAUAUAUGAUAUAUUGGUUGCUAGUGCCGUGUUACACGUUCUCAAAUAGUUGAAUGCUCCAAAGAUGCAAUUUAGCUGUUCAUCAUUUUCUUUUAGAAGUUUCUGUCAUUUCAUCUUAAUCCCUCUAAAUUUAAAUUGUUCUGCUACUAAUGUUGGUAUUAUGCUUGUUAAUGUGUUUCAGGCUGCACCUUUAGCAUAGAGCAAUAGACUGUUGGCAGAUCAAGGAUCUUACGUGGACUAUUUUAAAGAAUUUCACCAAGUUUCUUUGUUUUUUUCUUAAAUUAUUAUCUUUCAGGUCCUAUGUGUGGCUGACCAUCUAAUUAGCAUUAGUUUUCUUGCUGAGAACUCAUGGCUAACUUUCAUGGACAGCCAUUGCCUCCAGGAAUUGAUCCACUGCCAAAUACAUCUUUAGGUUCUGCUUCAAUGAAUCCUUCUGUUUCUUAUCUUCCUCCACCUUAUGUGAACAUGCAUCAUGAUGGACAUUCUAACAGCUCUGGAAGCUUCUUCCCUGUUAAUCCAUCUAAUCCAUCCUUUCCUAAAGCUCAAAGCCAGUUUCCUCAUUUACAACCAUCUUCCCUGGUACAUAUCAUUACCAGGGAGAGUCAGUAAAAGUUGCUCUGGUAAGAGUAGGUUGCAUAGGUUUAGGGUAUCUGAAGGAGUUUCAGUAAACUCUCUUCAUUUUUUUAAUGGAAAUUGGUGCACUAGAACAGACCAUCUCUCAUAAGAAAAUAACUGUAAUAUCUCUCUUGAGGCAAUGGCCAGUGGUCAAUGACUAACCGUGUAGGCUUAGAUCCUUGUAAUUUAUAUUGCCUUUUUGAAAAAAAGAUCAUAAUAUCCGAUUAUGUCGAAGUGCUUCAAGGUUUCAAGCUAUGGCUAGUGCGAUAUUGAAGGUUUCAAGCUAUGGCUAGUGCUUCAAGGUUUCAAGCUAUGGCUAUGAUUAUGCAUCAGAGAUGACAUUGAGGACUAUGGAGCCAAUUUGUUGAAACUAAACUUAGUAAUCGUAGGGCAAGUUGUUCACCCAUGGGUUGAAUUAUCCAAAAGAAAAAAUGUUCUCUGUCUAUGUUUUUUUUAAUGAGCAUAGGGCUAUGUCUAGUCAACCAAGUCAUCUUAGAUUGGGCUCAAUUUGGUAGGAUGAAUCAAGCAUGAUCAACCUAAAAUAUACUAGAUUAGAAACAGGGGCAAGGCAAGGCUUAGUUUCCAUACACAAUCAACUUAAAUUUUACAUUUUUCUCUUAAUAUAUGUUUAAAAUUUACUAGUAAUUCUAAUAUUUUUCCAGGCAGAGUAUCCUUAGACAAGAGAUACAGGUAGCCUAUUUACAUAUUCGAUCACAUAAGAAUCUCAUAGACCGACAUGCUCACAUCCUCAUCUAAUCUUUUUUUUUCAUUUUUCUCAAUUUUGUGCACAUUUUCCAUUAUGAGGAGCAAAAUACAUGCGAGCUUGCAGUUCGACUAUCUUUCUUCCAUAUUUUCUACCUUAUCACUUCUUCAAUAUCUUGAUUUGUAAUCUUUGAUCCAAAUUGGAGAUCUUUGAAUACCUUUGGCGAGAAUCGUAUCUAAGUUUUAUCUAAUUGAAAAAUAUAUUAUAUUUAAAUAGUUCCAAAAGAGGCAUUUAUAUUUUUUUUUCUACAUCCAAUCAUUAUUUUGUGUAUCGAAAUUAUUACUCCAUUCAAUACAAUAGACAAUGGUGCCAUUGAAUGAGUAUGAUCCAUUCCAAGUAUAAUGGAUGAAAACACCCACACAAAUGUCUUUGCGAAAAUUUAGGCUAUGUCGGUUAUUCUUCUAAUAAAAGAGAGGGACUUGAGGAUUGAUAUAGAUAGAAGAUUGACAAAAUUUGCCUAUAGUAAUAAACUAGAAUGCCAUAUAAAUUUCAAAUAAGGUAUCGAUAUAACCAAGUUAACUAUAUCAUGUUAUCAUCCAAGUUGUGUUUGCGAGACUCGAACUAAAAAUGCAUAUGAUGCAUGAAAUUCCCCAUUUUAUGAUUGGAUACAGUGAUCAAUUGGCUGCCAAUUUCUGCUAAGUUGCAUGUGUUGCAUCUAAUCCAAAUAUUCCGAGAAUAAGUAUAUUAUGCAUAAGCUAUACUGGUUCAUGACUAAUCCUCUACUUUCUUAAGUCUGUUGAGAGCGAGAGAAGUUAAGAGAGCCUUCCAUGAUUCUGAAGUUGUACAGGAGUUCGAGUGGGAAGAAAAAAAUCCAAAAAAAAAAAAAAAUCAGCCAUUGAUCAUGACCAUUUCACAGGCUGGCCCUCGCAAUUCUAGGUAAAAUGAACGGCAGAUCUAGGAGAUCGCAUGUAACUAUUUACGCGCGAGUCCGGAUAGGAUCUAGGUCGAAGCCAGUGCACCCACGCGAAUUCUAUACGGAAUCUCGCGUAGGAGUUCGUUCCGUUCUUGCCCCUCUCCUCCUCGCUGGGAGUCGGAAUCCGCCCAAUCCUAACCCUAAUCCACUCUCCAUCAAUCCGCCGGUGACUAAGAACCCUAGGAGAUCGAAAAAAUCCGAUCUCUAUCUUCUUCUCUCCAUUUUGAUCCAGGUAUCAUUUUUUUCCCGACUUUUUGGAUCAUUUUCUUCACUUUAGGGACCAAUUGAAUCUCGGGGUAUCAAGUUUUCUGUUUUUAAUCCUUAAAUCGAAGAUUAACGUCACUUCCUGUGAUUCUUCUCUGAAAGUCAUCGCAUUAUACGGAGCUUUGGAUUGUCCAUCCUUUAUUUUCAUCUUCUAAGCUGGAGACAAGGAAUGGACUCAUCUGGUUCUUCUUCAGAUAAUGAAUCUGUGGAAACUGUUGAAGAUUCUUUAAGUGAUAAAGAAAAAGACGAUGCAGAGAUGGAUAAUAUGUCACAGGGGCCUUCUACUGGAGAGAAUGUUGUGCAGAAGAUAUCCCAAGCUUCAAAGGAAGGUGACUCUGGUUCUGCAGUUGUGAAAUAUACCAAUAAUAUUGAUAAAUCAAAGGCCAAUGGCAACUCACAGUUGGAGCCGGAAGUUGGUAUGGUAUUUCAUUCAGAAGAUCAAGCAUAUUUAUUUUAUAAUAGAUAUGCUCAUCGGAAGGGUUUUAGUGUCCGGAAGGGUCAUCUUGGCCGAAGAAAAGAUGGGACCGUACGGAAUAGAGUUUUCUUGUGCAGCAAUGAAGGCUCUCGUCAGGAGCAUAGUACACAUAUGACGAAGAAACCACGUGAAGCUGUGAGAACAAAUUGCAUGGCUCGUAUUGAGUAUAAAGUGAGUCGUGAUAAUGUAUGGGUUGUGAGUAAAAUCAUCUAUGAACACAACCAUCCACUUCUACGUCCGCAUAAAGCACACUUGUUAAGGUCUCAUAGGAAGUUAUUGUUGGCUCAGCGUGAUGGAAUGCCAAAUGUUGCAGAAAUGGGUAAUGAUGCAGAUAAUCCUGCUCAAGCUUUGGAAUUUCUGGUGGAAGAGGCUCGUGACGCUGAAACUGUUGGGUUUCUGCUGAAGGAUCAAAGCAGCUAUCUGCACACCAACAGGAUGAGAGAACUUGAAAAGGGAGAUGCUCAGGUUCUUUUAGAAUUUUUGAAAGCCAAGCAGUUAGAGGAUCCUUCCUUUUUUUAUGCCAUACAACUUGAUGAUAGAGAACAAGUGACCAACUUCUUUUGGGCAGAUGCACGCUCUAUACUUGAUUUCUCCUACUUUGGUGAUGUGGUCUUAUUUGACACAACUUAUAGGACGAACAAGGUUGAGAUACCAUUUGCACCAUUCAUUGGCAUAAACCAUCAUAAGCAAAUUGUGGUAUUUGGUGCUGCUUUGUUAUUGGAUGAAACAACGGAAUCAUUUGUUUGGUUAUUUAAAACCUUUAUGGUAGCAAUGUCUGGACGACAACCAAAGACAAUCUUUACAGAUCAUUUCCCUGCAUUGUCAAGGGCAAUAAGUUUGACAUUACCUGAGACAUGUCACCGUCUUUGUUUGUGGCAUAUAUUGCAAAAUUCAGCGAUACAUAUUUCCCAUGCAUAUAGCAGCGAGCCAGAUUUUCAGAAGGGUUUCAAAAAUUGCAUCUAUGAAGGUGGCUCUGAAGAGGAUUUUCAUACUCGAUGGGUUGAUUUGGUUAAUAAGUAUGGCCUUGAAGGAAAUGCAUGGUUGGAAGAUUUAUAUGCAAUACGAGAGAAAUGGGCUCUGGUUUACCACAAAAAUUCUUUUUGUGCUUCCAUGACAACAGUGAAAUGGAGUGAGAGCAUGAAGAAUCACUUUAAAAAGCAUUUCAACAGGAAGCUGCCACUUUCCAAAUUUUUAGAGCAGUAUCAAAAGUCACUGGUUCGGUUUCAUGAGAAGGAACUCUAUGAAGAUUACAAAUCAAGGCAAACUAAACCAGUUUUGCUGGUUGAUAUGCCCAUGUUGAAUGAAGCAGCAGAAUCAUAUACAAGGCUGGUAUAUAAUGAAUUUGAGGAUGAGAUCAAGAGUCAGCUUUCUUGUCUUUGUGAACAAGUUGGUUUUGACGGGACAGUAGAUGUUUAUAAAGUUUCCCUUCCUGAAAAACACAGUUAUGGGAUUGUUGAAUAUAACUCAUCCAAUUUCAUGGUCACUUGUAGCUGCAAAAAGUUUGAGACUGCUGGCAUCUUAUGCAUGCAUGCAUUAAAGAUUCUUCUCCUUAGGAGCAUUCUUAGCCUCCCAACUCGGUAUAUACUAAAGAGGUGGACAAAAUAUGCGAAUGUUGAGGCCAUGUCUGAUAGACAUCGAUCAAUUGCUGACACUGAUGGUCAAGAACCUCUGACCCUGCAAUAUACCCGGGUUUGCCACAAGGCAAUUACUAUAGGAGUAAAAAGUGCAGUUUCUGAGGACGCCUUACAAAUAUUUGAAAACGAACUCGAUAAACUGAUGUCAGAAGUAGAAAAUGUGUUGCGUAUUGCUCCAUUGAGUAGACAGACAGAUGAGGAAGAUGUGACUGUCGUUGAUGAUAUGCAGCGGAAUGCAUUAGAAGGAAGUAAGAAAAGACGAGGCUGCAAAGGGCGCCCUAAGGGAGGACUUGAGCAGAAAAGGAACAAGAAAAUUCAACCCACUUCCAGUUCAGUUGACAUCAUUACCCAGAACCAGCAAUCACAGAAUAAGACGAAGACAAUAGGACAAGCUGAUGUAUUGGGUCAAACUAUGGUUAAUGAGUCCUCAAAUGUUCCUUCCUAUCCUCCGGAUGGUACAACAUCAUGCUGUACGCCAAUUCAAAUGCAACCCUCAGGAUGCACAUCUUUUACUCAAGAGGUGGUCAUGCCUGCUCAGGAAUCAUUUACACCCUCACAAGGUAUAUUUGACCAUACAAUGGCAACCCAAGCAGUAAGAAAUCCUAGCAUAGCAUGGUGCACUCGUAGGGGCUCUGUUGGUGUUCCUAUGCCAAUCAUGCAGGGACAAUCCAACAAUUUUGUUAGUUGGAUGGUUCAACCUCGUAGUGUUCCAAAUGUUUCCCUGUCCCCACAUCAUCUUGAUGAACCAAUGCAUUCUGCUCUUCCGGGUCAACAUCAGCCAUCGUCCCGCAAGCUUAACUUUGAUAUAAACAAAGGAUUUGACCUGGACAGAGAUCGGGUUGAUAUGGGCCUUACCUAAAUAGAUCGUGUAAUCCAUGAUCUAACAGCAAAUCUAGCCCAAUGGUGCUGGAUUUUCCAAACUGGCUCUAGUACAGAUGAAGAAAUGGUUUUUCUAAUAUGGUCUUUCAUUGAGUUGGUAUUACAGAAAAAAUAAGAAAGGCUACCCAUGCAGCACCUGAUAGUGGAGAAGCUGGGAAGAAAUCAGUAGAAUGACUUGAUUGUAGUGUUUCCAAAAUAGGUUGCUGCAGGGGAAAUGACUUGGAAGUUGCUGUUGUUGGGUUCCUCUUCACCUAAAAGUUCCUGCAGAGCGUGUUUUCAGCUGAGGUUCCAAGAGGCGGCUCAAGUGCUAUGUUCUUUAUGAAGUUCAGGAGUGUGGCUGGUGUUCAGUUUAAAUCACCUGAAGAUGCCGCUUCUUAAUUGGCGAAGGUUUUCAUGACAAGGUUGGUAGUUAUUGUUGAACCGAGCUAUUUUGUAUGUAUCGGGUUCUUAUUGUGGUGAAGGCUUUUUUGGAUGUUUGCAUUGGAGCUGCGACUGCCCCCUAUUGAGGAGGGUACUUUGAGAAAACCUCUUGCUUAUGCCGUUUAGAUGCUUAUUCUGCUGUUGUUAGUACUUUAAAAACUCUCUGGUUGUGUUUUAGUAUGUUUAAUAGUUGCGACUUUUUCCAGGAGUUUGUAAGGCCGUUUCUGGUGCUGUUUGUGUGUCAUUUGUUUUGCUAUAGGGAUUCUGGCUUCUCAUGAUUUCUUGUUCCUCUUGUUCCCUGGGUUCUGUUAUGUUUAUUUUGCACCUUUUUGCUUUCUACCAUGAAUGUGUAGUGGUCUGUCAGACCUCAUAUGUUCUUUG